UGCUCUCUCUUUCUCCCGGAGCGGCUUGAUGGAGCCACACUGACUCCGAUCAGCACUCAGACUGAACCAGGAACACGACAGGAGCUGCACGUAGGACACCAUGGGGAUUAAAUUUUUGGAGUUCAUCAAGCCGUUCUGUGCGGUCUUGCCAGAAAUUCAGAAACCAGAAAGAAAGAUUCAAUUUAGAGAAAAAGUACUAUGGACUGCCAUUACACUUUUCAUCUUCCUGGUCUGCUGCCAGAUUCCUCUUUUUGGCAUCAUGUCUUCAGAUUCGGCAGAUCCCUUUUACUGGAUGAGAGUAAUCCUGGCUUCCAACAGAGGUACUCUGAUGGAGCUGGGCAUCUCACCCAUUGUCACCUCAGGUCUUAUCAUGCAGCUGCUGGCUGGUGCAAAGAUCAUUGAGGUGGGAGACACCCCCAAGGACCGAGCCCUCUUCAAUGGAGCUCAGAAAUUGUUUGGAAUGAUCAUCACCAUCGGACAGGCCAUUGUUUACGUCAUGACCGGCAUGUAUGGAGACCCUUCAGAGAUGGGCGCUGGGAUCUGCUUGCUCAUCAUCAUCCAGCUCUUCGUUGCAGGUCUGAUCGUCUUGCUGCUGGACGAGCUGCUCCAGAAGGGUUAUGGUCUGGGUUCUGGUAUCUCUCUCUUCAUUGCGACCAACAUCUGUGAGACCAUCGUCUGGAAGGCCUUCAGCCCCACCACGGUCAACACCGGCAGAGGUACUGAGUUUGAGGGAGCCAUCAUCGCCCUCUUCCAUCUCCUGGCCACCCGCACAGACAAGGUGCGCGCCCUGAGAGAAGCCUUCUACAGACAGAACCUGCCUAACAUCUUGAACCUCAUCGCCACCGUCUUCGUGUUUGCUGUGGUCAUAUACUUCCAGGGCUUCAGGGUCGACCUGCCCAUCAAGUCAGCACGCUACCGUGGUCAGUACAACACCUACCCCAUCAAACUGUUCUACACCUCCAACAUCCCCAUCAUCCUGCAGUCUGCCCUCGUCUCCAACCUCUACGUCAUCUCUCAGAUGCUCUCAACUCGUUUUAGCGGGAACUUCCUCGUGAACCUCCUAGGAACCUGGUCUGAUGCAACGAGUGGUGGACCUGCUCGAGCCUACCCUGUGGCCGGGCUCUGCUACUACCUCUCCCCUCCGGAGUCGUUUGGCUCGGUCCUGGACGACCCGGUUCACGCUGCCAUCUACAUCGUCUUCAUGCUCGGCUCCUGCGCCUUCUUCUCAAAGACCUGGAUCGAGGUCUCAGGAUCUUCUGCUAAAGAUGUGGCGAAGCAGCUGAAGGAGCAGCAGAUGGUGAUGAGGGGACACAGAGAGACCUCCAUGGUGCAUGAGCUGAACAGGUACAUCCCCACAGCUGCUGCCUUCGGUGGCCUCUGCAUAGGAGGGCUGUCCGUCAUGGCUGACUUCCUGGGGGCCAUUGGUUCGGGGACAGGAAUCCUCUUGGCUGUGACCAUCAUCUACCAGUACUUUGAAAUCUUUGUGAAGGAGCAGAGCGAAAUGGGCAGCAUGGGAGCACUGCUCUUCUAAAAAAUACCAACCUUCGGACACACUUAAGACACAAAGCAUCCUCCCGCCCCCCAUCAUUAUUUUAAUUUUGCAAUUUUUUGCAAUUUCGCACAAUCAGUUCAUUUUGCAGCUGGAAUAGGUUUUUUAUUGUCUACGCUAUCUGUGUUUUCCACCAUUACUUUUUUUAGCAGUUGAAACCGUUUUCCCAGCAGGCUGCCUAAGUCCCCACUGACUGUCUUAAAAGCUGAAAAAUGCCUAAAAGCACAUCAGUGUGAGGAGCUGUCUUUGAUUUACCUCGGGCAUUGUUCAUCGCCGCAUGUUCAAGGAACACUAAGACAGAGAUGACGUGAUAGUGCUAAUUUUAAGCUGAAAGCACUGCCUGGACUUUUUGGGGGAGUUGAAGGAAAGCCAUGUCAGGUUCAUCUCAAAGUAGCAAUCAUGGUUGAGGUUUCUGGGGGCCUAUAGUAGGGUUUGAACAGUAUAAAUAUAAUAUGCUUGCACUCCUGAUGAGGUCUCUGGUAAUCUCAGACAAAGUCGUCUAUGGUUUUAUUUUUAAUGAUGGACUAUGUUUAUAUUCACUCUGGUCUUAUGUAGGGCAAAUGUGUUUGUCCUCUGUCUGGGUCCUCAAAGGAAAGUGUGUGUCUGUGUCGUCAUGCUCUUUUAUUCCCAGACUGUAUUGCUGCACAAAACUGCCGACGUGGUCGGGAUGAGGGUGGGUUUGAUAGGGAUGAGAAAGGGUUUCAUUUUGGUUUUUACUUUAUGUAACAGACAUUGUGUUAUUAAAAAAAAAACAAGAUUUUUUUCCAACAUA